UGUAGCAAAGGAGGGGCUUUUAGACUAAGGAAGUAAGAAUCUUUUGCGAAGGUCUCUUGAGUCCAGGGGUUAAAAUGCUGUUGUCCGGUGGGCUCCUCCCUGCCCCUCAUCCUUACCACUGGCGCUUUUCAAAAAGCGUUCGCCGGUUUCACUACUAGAGCUCUGCUAUUUCUGUAAAUACAAAGGCAGUGCUCCAGGUUGGAACGGGGUGUCUGUCCGCUAGGAGCCCGGCACCGCCUGCCCUGCGGCCCCCACACCGGCCGGGGACUGAGUCCCGCAGCGGCUCUGCCCCAGCCCGUCCAGGAGGCAGGGCUGGGGGCGGCGGAGCGGUGCACCUGCCCGGCCGCGGACUCGCGGCGCCUGCGCGGACCGACGUCCCUCCUUCUCCCCCCGGCGCCCCACCGUGUGUUUACGUGGAGACGAAGAUGGCGGCGGUGACGGCGCGGCUCUCGCGGACGAGGACAAUUCGCCAGUGAGCGCGGAGAGUGGUUCCACCCCAGGCAGGCGGAGCGCCGGCCCGGCCGGCCCUACUCCCUGGGCCGCGGAGGUUGCCGACCCACCUCCGUCUGAACCGACCUUUCCUUCCCACCCCCGAUCCCUCUCUGUCUCCCACCCGCCUGCCCCACAGAGGCCAUGGAGGACGAGGAGAGGCAGAAGAAGCUGGAGGCUGGCAAGGCAAAGCUUGCCCAGUUUCGUCAGAGAAAAGCUCAAUCUGAUGGGCAGAAUCCUCCCAGGAAGCAGAAAAAAAAAAGAAAAACCUCAAGCAGUAAACAUGAUGUGCACAGUUUGAAUAUUGAUCAACCACAGAGUGAUGAGAUGUACAUAAAUAGUUCUCAGGGAGUAGGAUCAGUCUUGACUCCCGAAUCCACAAUAAAGAGAACUCUGCACAGUGGGGAAAUAAUCAAGCCUGAGCAGGUCUUCUCUCUUGAACCAGAAAGUGAAAUUUCAACCACAGCAGAUGAUUACAGUUCAGAGGUAAAUGGUUGCAGUUUUUUGGUGAAAACAGGAAAGCCUACAAAUUUAUUGAGGGAAGAAGAAUUCGGUGUUGAUGAUUCUUACUCUGAACAAAGUGCACAGUAUAGUCAGACCCAUCUAGAGAUGAUGGAAAAUGAAUUGGCUGGGAAACAACAUGAGAUUGAAGAGCUAAACAGAGAACUAGAAGAAAUGAGGGCUGCUUAUGGGACUGAAGGACUACAGCAGUUACAAGAGUUUGAAGCUGCUAUUAAACAAAGAGAUGGCAUCAUAACCCAGCUUACUGCUAAUUUACAGCAAGCAAGAAGAGAAAAGGAUGAGACAAUGAGAGAGUUUUUAGAGUUGACAGAGCAGAGUCAAAAGUUACAGAUUCAAUUCCAGCAUUUACAGGCUAGUGAAACUCUGAGAAACAGCACUCAUAGUAGCACAGCUGCAGAUUUACUGCAAGCCAAACAGCAGAUCCUGACUCAUCAGCAGCAACUAGAAGAACAAGAUCAUCUAUUAGAAGAUUACCAGAAGAAGAAAGAAGACUUCAAAAUGCAAAUUAAUGUCUUGCAAGAAAAAAUUAAAGUAUAUGAAAUGGAGCAAGAUAAAAAAGUAGAAAAUGCAAAUAAAAAGGAAAUACAGGAAAAACAGGCAAUCAUUGAAGCAUUAAGUGCAAAAGUAAUAGAAGAAGAAAGAAAAACUCUUGAGCUAAAGGAUAAAAUAACAGCUACUGAUAAAUUAGUAGGAGAAUUACAAGAACAGGUUGUACAAAAGAAUCAAGAGAUAAAAAAUAUAAAAUUAGAGUUGACUAAUUCUAAACAAAAAGAAAGACAAUGUUCUGAAGAAAUAAAACAGUUAAUGGGGACAGUUGAAGAACUUCAGAAGAGAAAUCAUAAAGAUAGCCAAUUUGAAAUUGAUACCAUGCAAAGAAUGGAACAAGAAACACAAAGAAAGUUAGAACAACUCCGAGCAGAGCUAGAUGAGAUGUAUGGGCAGCAGAUAGUUCAGAUGAAACAAGAAUUAAUAAAACAACAUAUGUCACAGAUAGAGGAACUUAAAACACGACAAAAGGGAGAAAUGGAGACUGCUUUAAAAUCAUAUUCAAAUAUUACAAUUAAUGAAGAUCAAGUAAAGUUAAUGAAUGUGGCAAUAAAUGAACUGAAUAUAAAACUACAAGAUAGUAACUCUCAAAAGGAAAAACUCAAGGAAGAACUAGGAGUAGUUUCAGGAGAAAAGUCUGCUUUGCAGGGACAGCUUGAAGAUCUUUUUGAAGAAUUGAGCUUUUUAAGGGAUCAGAUUCAAAGAGCUAGACAGACAAUAGCUGAACAGGAAAGCAAACUCAAUGAAGCACAUAGGUCUCUUAGUACAGUGGAAGAUUUGAAAGCUGAGAUUAUUUCUGCAUCUGAAUCCAGGAAGGAACUAGAGUUAAAACAUGAAGCUGAAGUUACAAAUUAUAAGAUAAAACUUGAAAUGUUAGAAAAAGAAAAGAAUGCUGUGUUAGACAGAAUGGCUGAAUCACAAGAAGCUGAAUUAGAGAGGCUGAGAACACAGCUCCUGUUUAGUCAUGAAGAAGAACUUUCUAAACUAAAGGAAGAUUUAGAAAUUGAACAUAGAAUAAAUACUGAAAAACUUAAAGAUAACUUAGGCAUUCACUAUAAACAGCAAAUAGAUGACUUACAGAAUGAAAUGAGUCAAAAGAUAGAGUCAAUGCAGUUUGAAAAAGACAGUUUGAUAACUAAACAGAAUCAGUUAAUUUUGGAAAUUUCAAAGCUAAAAGAGCUACAGCAGUCCCUUGUGAAUUCAAAGUCAGAAGAAAUGACUCUUCAAAUCAAUGAACUUCAAAAAGAAAUUGAAAUACUCAGACAAGAAGAAAAUGAAAAGGGUACUCUUGAACAAGAAGUUCAAGAAUUACAACUUAAAACCGAAUUGUUGGAGAAACAAAUGAAAGAAAAAGAGGAUGAUCUUCAAGAAAAAUUUGCACAACUUGAAGCAGAGAAUAACAUUCUGAAAGAUGAGAAGAAAGCUCUUGAGGAUAUGUUGAAAACUUAUACUCCCACUGACCAAGAAGAAAGAUUGAUUUUUAUAGACUCCACUAAGUCUAAAUCCAAGGACUAUAACUGGCAAAAAGAAAUAGAAAUACUUACAGAGGAGAACAAGAACUUCAGACAACAGUGUAUUCAGCUAAGUGAAGAGAUUGAAAAGCAAAGGAAUAUUUUCUCAUUUGCUGAAAAAAACUUUGAAGUUAACUAUCAGGAGUUACAAGAAGAAUAUGCUUGUCUUCUCAAGGUAAAAGAUGAUUUAGAAGAUUGUAAAAAUAAGCAAGAAUUAGAGUAUGAAAGUAAACUUAAAGCGCUUAAUGAAAAACUUCAUUUGCAGAGAGUAAAUCCGCCUAUGGUCAAAGUCAAAAGUUACAUCUUUGAUGAUGAGCCAUUGGAAAUGGGUGAGGUUGUUGAGAAAGAUACAACAGAACUUAUGGAGAAACUUGAGGUAACCAAGCGAGAAAAAUUAGAACUGACAAAAAAACUGUCAACUCUCUCUGAACAAUUAAAAAAGAAACAUAGUGAAGUUACUAUUCUUAGCGAGGAAGUUAAAUCUCUAAAGCAUGAGAAAGAGCAAGUUUUACUGAGAUGUAGAGAGCUAGAGAUCAUAGUUAACCAUAAUAGGGCAGAAAAUGUAAAUGAAUGUGAUGUUGAAUUAAGUUCUUUAAAAGAUGGAGUUAUGACGAGGAUAGGCAAGGAUUUUGGAGGAUCUGGUUUUGAAAUGAAAGAUUUUGGCAAAGAAUCAAAAAUAGUGUUGAAGAAUAAAAGUCCUUAUGAAAUUAUGACUAUUAGAAAAGAAAGCAAGCAAGAUCAAUUGUUUUCAUCACCAGUAACAAAUGAAACAUUGCCUGAGGCAUCUGAACCAAGUGAAAAUGACAAAUUCCAGCACGAGCUUCAUGUACUUAGAGCAGAACAGAAUGACUUAAGGCUACAGAUGGAAGCUCAACGCAUAUGCCUCUCCCUAGUUUAUUCCACUCAUGUGGAUCAAGUUCGUGAACAUAUGGAAAAUGAAAAAGAUAAAGCUCUUUGCAGUCUUAAAGAGGAGCUUAUUUCUGUUCAAGAGGAAAAGAUCAAAGAACUUCAGAAAACACAUGAGUUAGAGCUACAAAACAUAAAAACACAGGAAACAGGUAGUGAAGCAAAGCCUUUGCACAGGCUCAUUGGGAGGCUGCAAAAGGCGGUGUCUGAGGAAUGUUCUGAUGUGUCAAAGGCUUUAUGCAAUGUCUUUCGUGAAUAUUAUGCUCCUACUUUAAAAUGUGAAGUCAAUAUGGAAGAGAGAGAAAAUUCUGGGGUUUACCCUUCUGAAUAUCAAGAACCAGAAUUCCAAAAUUAUAUUUACAAAGUUGAAGACUUUCAAGAAAACAUGCAAACCCUUCUCAGCAAAGUAACAGAAGAAUACAACAAACUCUUGAUACUCCAGACACAAUUAAGCAAGGUUCAAGAACAACAAACAGAUGGUGUGAAAUUUGAAUUUACCAAAGAAAAUCUGUCAAAAGAGGAAACUGAGUCUUUGUCAAUCCAUUCUCAGAUGACCAGCUUGCAAAACAUCGAUGUCAAUCAUAAAAGCACAUUAUCUUCUCUGCAAGAUACAGAAAAAGUGAAACAUCUUAAAGAACAAGUUCAAGACUUAGAAAACCUCGUAUCCUCUUUGCAGCGACAGUUGAAAAAAAAGGAAGAAAACUAUGGGGUAGAGAACCAAAUUUUACAGGAGAAGCUGCAAACUGUUAGUGAGUCCACAGUUCAGCUAAGUCCCUCCAUUGAUUCAGCAGCAGUAAAAGCAUCUGCUGGACAGAGAACAGAACACACUGGAUAUUGUCUAAAAGAAAACAUUGAUGGUACAAUAGAGUUUUCUGGUGAAUUUGGAAUGAAACAAGAAGCAAACACGGUUACAUUGCUAGAAAAACAGUACCAAGAACGAUUAGAAGAAGAAGUAGCUAAGGUUAUUGUAUCAAUGAGUGUAGCAUUUGCUCAACAGACUGAACUAUCUAGGUUAUCUAGGGGAAAAGAAAACACAACAUCAUUAAAACAAGCACACAUUCUCUGUCAGCAAGAAGAAGAGCAUAUUGGUGAAGUAAAAUCAUCGCAGGGGCAAGUUAGUCUUCAGACUUUUGAGGAAAUGGAAAUGAAAUUUAAAAAAGAAUAUAAACCACUCAGUAAAGAGUUAGAAGAUGGACAGGAAGUUGUGUUAUCAAGCAAUGGUGAUUUUGAUGAUGUUCUAGAACUAAAGGACCAUGGACUGACUAUUUCAGAAGAGUUAUUUUCUAAUGAUGAAUCAUUUAUUGUCAAAGAAUCUAUCCAUGAUGAGAUGUUGGUAUCGAGCAUGGAUGCUUCCAGACAGCUGAUGUUACACGAAGAACAGUUGGAAGAUAUGAGGCAGGAACUUGUGCGACAAUAUGAAGAGCAUCAGCAGGCAACAGAACUGUUGAGGCAGGCACACAUGCGCCAAAUGGAGAGACAGCGAGAAGACCAGGAGCAGCUUCAAGAAGAGAUUAAGAGACUUAAUAGACAGUUAGCGCAGAGAUCCUCAAUAGAUAAUGAAAACCUGGUUUCAGAGAGAGAGAGGUUGCUUUUAGAGGAGCUGGAAGCACUAAAGCAGCUGUCUCUAGCUGGAAGAGAGAAGCUGUGUUGUGAGCUGCGCAACAGCAGUACGCAAACACAGAAUGGAAAUGAAAACCAAGUGGAAGUUGAGGAACAGAUGUUUAAAGUAAAGGAACUGGACAGAAAACCUGAAGAUGUGCCUCCUGAUAUUCUUUCCAAUGAGAGCUUGCAUGGAGGAAUUUGGCCCCUAAGAUUUUGGCUUCCCCAUUGGAUCAUCAGUAUGGAACGCAGUCAGUAUGGAACUCAAACAAGAAAGACAGUGUAUGCACUCCAGAAAGCUAAUAACAGACUCUUAAAGAUCCUUUUAGAAGUUGUUAAAACAACAGCAGCUGCUGAAGAAACAAUUGGUCGCCAUGUCCUUGGGAUUCUAGAUAGAUCAUGUAAAGGCCAGUCAUGUAGCAACCUGGUUUGGAGGUCAGAAGCAGAGGCAUCAGUAGUAAAGUCCUGCGUCCAAGAGGAACACACAAGAGUUACAGAUGAAUCCAUACCCUCUUAUCCUGGAAGUGACAUGCCAAGGAAUGACAGUAGCGUGUGGUCAAAGGUACCUGAGGAAGAAACAGACCUGUCACAGCGACUUGUAAGGAGUGGUUUUGUGGAAACUGAGAUAGACCCUGAAAAUGAAGAGCUUAUGCUGAACAUUAGCUCUCGACUACAAGCAGCAGUUGAAAAACUUCUAGAAGCAAUAAGUGAAACAAGUAGUCAGCUCGAACAUGCAAAAGUCACACAGACAGAGUUGAUGCGUGAAUCAUUUAGGCAGAAACAAGAAGCAACAGAAUCCCUUAAGUGCCAAGAAGAACUGCGAGAGCGCCUUCAUGAAGAGUCCAGGGCCAGAGAACAACUGGCUGUGGAGCUCAGUAAGGCUGAGGGUGUCAUUGAUGGUUAUGCAGAUGAAAAAACUGUUUUUGAAAGGCAAAUUCAGGAAAAAACCGAUAUAAUAGAUCGCCUUGAACAGGAGUUGUUAUGUGCAGGUAAUCGAUUACAAGAAUUGGAAGCAGAGCAACAGCAGAUCCAGGAAGAAAAAGAAUUACUGUCCAGACAGAAAGAGGCUAUGAAAGCAGAGGCAGGCCCAGUGGAACGACGACUAGUAGAUGCUGCAGUUGAUGCAGCACCUGGAGCAGAGUUAUUACAGGAGACAGAAAAACUAAUGAAGGAAAAGCUAGAAGUACAGUGUCAAGCAGAAAAAGUACGUGAUGACCUUCAAAAGCAAGUGAAAGCUCUAGAAAUAGAUGUUGAGGAACAAGUCAGUAGGUUUAUAGAGCUGGAACAAGAGAAAAAUGCUGAACUAAUGGAUUUAAGACAGCAAAACCAAGCACUGGAAAAGCAGUUAGAAAAAAUGAGAAAAUUUUUAGAUGAGCAAGCCAUUGAUAGAGAACAUGAGAGAGAUGUAUUCCAACAAGAAAUACAGAAACUAGAACAGCAGCUUAAGGUUGUACCUCGGUUUCAGCCUGUCAGUGAACAUCAAACUAGAGAGGUUGAACAGUUAACAAAUAAUCUGAAAGAAAAAACAGACAAAUGCAGUGAGCUUUUGCUGUCGAAAGAGCAGCUUCAAAGAGAUGUACAAGAGCGGAAUGAAGAAAUUGAAAAGCUAGAGUUCAGAGUACGAGAACUGGAGCAGGCAUUACUCGUCAGUGCAGAUACUUUUCAAAAGGUAGAAGACAGAAGACAACUUGAAGCUGUAGAAGCUAAAGCAGAAUUAUCUCUAGAAGUACAGCUGCAGGCUGAGCGAGAUGCUAUAGACAGAAAGGAAAAAGAGAUCACAAACUUAGAAGAGCAAUUAGAGCAGUUUAGAGAAGAACUAGAAAAUAAGAAUGAAGAAGUUCAGCAACUACAUAUGCAAUUAGAAAUACAGAAAAAGGAAUCCACUACCCGCCUACAAGAACUUCAACAAGAGAACAAAUUAUUUAAGGAUGAAAUGGAGAAACUGAGACAUUCCAUGAAGGAAUCUGAUGAUGUUUCUACUCAGGACCAACAUGUGUUAUUUGGAAAAUUUGCUCAAAUAAUACAAGAAAAAGAUGUAGAAAUUGAUCAAUUAAAUGAACAAAUUAUACAACUUCAGCAACAGCUUAAACUUACAACAGAUAACAAGGUUAUUGAAGAAAAAAAUGAACUCAUAAGGGAUCUUGAAACUCAAAUAGAAUGUCUGUUGAGUGAUCAAGAAUGUGUGAAGAAAAACAGAGAAGAAGAAGUAGAGCAACUCAAUGAACUGAUUGAAAAACUUCAACAGGAAUUGGCAAAUAUUGAACGGAAGACUUCAGUGUAUGCUAAUUCCCUUCCGGAGGAAGCAGACAGUUUAAAACAUCAGUUGGAUAAAGUUACAGCUGAAAAACUGGCUUUGGAACAGCAAGUAGAAACCACUAAUGAAGAAAUGGCCUUUACCAAAAAUGUACUUAAGGAAACCAAUUUUAAAAUGAGUCAACUAACACAAGAAUUGUGCAGCUUAAAGGAAGAAUGUAAAAUUAAGGGAAAAAUGCAAAAUGUACCAGAGAAAAGUGCUGCUCUGGCUCUAGAUGACCUCAGCAAGGACAAACCUGAGCUGGAAGUAGUCUCUACUGAGGAUGGUUUUAAUCCCCUAGGGUAUCAGAUUGACCUCCAAUCUUUUGAAGAAAGCACCACAGAUUCCAGAAGUUUGGAAACAAAGUUGCUACAACUUGAGAGCUCUAUUAGUACAAAAGACUUAGAACUUACCCAGUGUUAUAAGCAAAUAAAGGAUAUGCAAGAGCAAGGCCAAUCUGAAACAGAAAACCUUCAAAAAAAGAUCAUAAACCUGCAGAAAAUACUUGAGGAGAAAGUAGCUGCUGCUCUUGUGAGUCAGGCCCAGCUUGAGGCAGUCCAGGAAUAUGUGAAGUUCUAUCGGGAUAAGCAAACAGUUUCAUCAGAGCGUGAAAGGACCAGUAUACAGAAUUUAGAUCAAAUAACGGAAAACAGGGUGGAAUCAGAUGUAUCCAAAUUAACCCUGAGAAUAUCAGAAUUAGAAAGCCAGGUGGUUGCAAUGCAUAGUAGUUUGAUUUCAGAAAAAAAACAAGUAGAAACAGCAGAGAAAAAUGCUUUGGAAAAAGAAAGGAGACUGAUAGAACUACAGAAGCUUUUAGAGGACAGUAAGAAAAAACAGGAAGGGAAAGAAAGUAAAACAAGCUCUCAAGGAGAUUUUGAAGUUCUCAAGAUUCCUACUGAAGUAAUUCAUAGCAGUGAAGAAAGACUUUUUGAUGAACUUGAGGCUUUUAGAGCUGAAUCAGUGGCUACCAAGAAAGAACUUGCCAGUCACAAAGAGAAGGUGGAGAAACUUCAAGAAGAGCUUUUGAUAAAAGAAAUAAAUAUAGCAUCUCUUCAGAAAGAUUUAAGCCAAGUCAGGGAUCAACUCACAGGGGCAGAAGACAAAUUAUCCCACUUCAUACGGAAAGGAGAUAAGAGUGAGGUACAAGGAAACAGGGAGAUCUGCAUAUGUGAGCCACUUCCCAUUGAAGUGGGUGAAAGCUGCACAUCCCAGACAGGGGGAGCCCUCACAGUGCAUGGCAGCAGCCAGACUCUGCAGGUUCUGGUCAGAAAUGUGGGAGUUCAGAUUGAUACGCAGAAUGAAUGUUCUUCGGAAGAAGUCACUGAAAUAAUCAGUCAGUUUACUGAGAAAAUUGAGCAGAUGCAAGAAUUACAUGCUGCCGAAAUUUUGGAUAUGGAAUCGAGACACAUUUCAGAAACUGAGACUCUGAAGAGGGAGCAUUAUGUUGCUGUCCAGUUACUGACAGAGGAGUGUGGGACCUUGAAAGCAGUGAUACAGUGUCUGAGAUCUAAAGAGGGAUCAUCAGUUCAUACUAAUACUUACCAAACUGGAGAAAUAUGUUCCAGUGAUUCUGCAGCAGACUGGGGUCAUGGAAUUUACCUUACACAAAGUCAGGGAUUUGACACAGCAUUAGAAGACAGAGAAGAAAUUGAAAAUUCCACAGAUUUAUUUCCAAAGAAAAUAAAGGGAUUGCUGAGAGCUGUUCACACCGAGGGCAUGCAGGUACUUUCUCUCACAGAGCUGCCUUGCGGUGAUGGAGAAGACCAUUCUGUUCAACAAGCUUCAGAAUCCUGGCUGGAAGAAAGAAGGGCGUACCUUAGUACAAUCUCCUCGCUUAAGGAUCUAAUUACCAAAAUGCAAGUGCAAAGAGAAGGCGAGGUUUAUGAUGAUUCUCAGCCUUCUGAGAAUCUCUCAGACUGGCGAGGUGACCUUUUGCUUGCCCUUCAACAUGUUUUCCUAAAGGAGCGCAACGUUGUGCUGGCUGCAUUCCAGACCGAGCUAACAGCUCUAGGUACCAGAGAUGCAGUUGGAUUACUGAGCUGCUUAGAACAGAGAAUACAGGAACAGGGUAUUCAAUAUCAAGCAGCUAUGGAAUGUGUCCAAAAAGCAGACAGAAGGAGUUUGUUGUCUGAAAUUCAAGCACUGCGUGCUCAAAUGAAUGGUAGAAAAAUGAUCCUGAAAAGAGAGCAGGAGAGUGAUAAACCUGGCCAAGAACUUUUGGAAUAUAAUAUGCAACAGAAGCAGUCUCAAAUUCUGGAGAUGCAAAUGGAGCUCAGCAAUGUGAAAGAAAAAGCAACUGAACUUCAGGAGCAGCUGAGUUCAGAAAAGAUGGUUGUUGCUGAGCUGAAAAGUGAACUUGCACAAACGAAAUUGGAAUUAGAAACAACACUCAAGGCACAGCAUAAGCACCUAAAAGAAUUAGAAGCAUUCAGAUUGGAAGUUAAAGAUAAGACAGAUGAAGUACAUUUGCUUAAUGACACAUUAGCAAGUGAACAGAAAAAAUCAAGAGAGCUCCAGUGGGCUUUGGAGAAAGAGAAAGCCAGGUUGGGACACAGUGAAGAGAGGGAAAAAGACGAACUCGAGGAUCUGAAAUUUUCACUUGAGGAUCAGAAACAAAGGAACACUCAGCUAAAUCUACUUUUGGAGCAACAGAAACAACUGCUAAAUGAAUCACAGCAGAAAGUGGAAUCACAGAGGAUUCUUUAUGAUGCCAAGUUAGCAGAAGAACAAGGCCGAAACUUGGAGCUUCAAGUGCUCCUUGAUUCUGAGAAAAUCCGAAUUCAGGAGCUCAGUGGUGUCCUGGCGAGGGAGCGGGAACUGCGGGCCCAGCUGCAGAGCAGUGACGAGGUUGGCCAGCCACGUCCACCCCUGCCGUCAGAGGAGCUCUUGAAAGAGCUGCAGAGACAGCUGGAGGAGAAGCACAGCCGUAUAGUAGAACUGUUAAAUGAGACUGAGAAAUACAAACUGGAUUCUUUGCAAACAAGACAGCAGAUGGAAAAAGACAGACAAGUUCAUAAGAAGACACUGCAGACCGAACAAGAGGCCAACACUGAGGGACAGAAAAAGAUGCAUGAACUCCAGUCUAAGGUGGAAGAUCUUCAGCGCCAGCUGGAAGAGAAAAGGCAGCAAGUCUAUAAGUUAGACCUUGAAGGAAAGCGACUACAGGGAAUUAUGCAGGAGUUCCAAAAGCAAGAACUAGAACGAGAAGAAAAAAGAGAAAGUAGGCGAAUCCUGUAUCAGAAUCUUAAUGAGCCAACCAGUUGGAGCUUCACUAACGAUCGCACUCGAAAUUGGGUCCUUCAACAGAAGAUAGAAGGAGAUACAAAAGAAUCAAACUAUCCUAAAUUGACUGUAAUGAAUGGAGAGGAAACUGGCUACAAUCAUGAAUUAGAAGUGGUCAGACAGAAGCUUGAGCGUGCAGCUUCGAGCCUGCAACAUCUGUCCCAGAAAGCCUCUAACAGGCUACAGUUUGAAACAGCAGAUGAUGAAACUUUCAUCUGGGUUCAGGAAAAUAUUGAUGGAAUUAUUUUACAACUACAGAAAUUCAUUGACCAGCCAGGUGAAGAGCCCAGCUUAGUGUCCCAAAGUGCUUCUUGUGGCUCAUUGACUGAAAGACUGCUGAGACAGAAUGCUGAGCUGACAGGACAUAUCAGCCAGCUGACGGAAGAAAAGAAUGGUUUGCGGAACACAGUUAUGAAGCUAGAAGAUCGGAUAAGGUGCUACAGACAGGCUGCUGGAGAUUGUUCUUCUAGGUUUUCAUUUGGUGGUGGGGCCAACAUUGAUGCCAUCAUUGCAUCUGAAAAAGAAGUAUGGAACAGAGAGAAAUCGACUCUCCAGAAAUCCUUGAAAAGGGCAGAAGCAGAAGUGUAUAAACUGAAAGCUGAACUAAGAAAUGAUAAUGUACUUCAGAAUCUGAGCCAUGAUUCUGAACAUGCCACCUUAAAGAGGAUUUAUGGUAAAUACUUGAGGGCCGAAGGUUUUCGCAAAGCUCUUAUUUAUCAGAAGAAAUACCUGCUGCUGUUACUGGGUGGGUUCCAAGAGUGUGAGGAUGCCACCCUUGCACUGCUUGCCCGCAUGGGGGGACAGCCAGCCUUUACAGACCUCGAGGUGAUCACCAAUCGCCCCAGGGCCUUCACCAGGUUCCGUUCAGCUGUCAGAGUGUGCAUUGCAAUUUCCAGAAUGAAAUUCUUGGUUCGUCGGUGGCAUCGAGUCACAGGUUCUGGUUCCAUCAAUAUUAACAGAGAUGGCUUUGGACUACAUUCAGGUACUGAAAAGACAGACCCAUUUUAUCAUUCUUCUGGUGGGCUGGAGCUGUAUGGAGAACAAAGACAUACAACAUAUCGCUCAAGAUCAGAUCUGGAAUAUCCCAGGUCUCCUUUACCAUUUCAGAAUAGGUACCCAGGCACUCCAGCUGAUUUAAAUCCCAGUUCCCUAGCAUGUUCUCAGCUUCAGAAUUAUGAUCCUGACAGAGCUCUAACAGAUUACAUCACUCGGCUCGAGGCAUUACAAAGACGCCUUGGAACUGUGCAGUCAGGGUCAACUAUUCAGUUUCAUACUGGCAUGAGAAGAUGAUUCUUCAAAUCAUUUAAAUGAAGUGAUUUUAAAGAAAUUCUUUUGUAUAUCAAUGGUUCUUUUGUGCUUUUGUAUUGUGAAUAUUCAAUGGGACCAUUAUAAACACAGCUCAAGAUUGUAUACAAAUCCCUUGCCAGCACAUGAAAACUGGAAUUUGUGUAUAUAACUGUUGUGUAUGUAUUCAUGCACAAUAAUCAUUACAUGUAUAUUUGUGGAAUGCUAAUUUAAAUGAUUAAAUUAUGAAUCUUGUGUAUUUAUCAGAUGGGUAAAAAGAUUAAACUUGCAAAUUAUGAUACUGCUGGAAGUGUAGCUUGCGGUGUCUGGCACUUUCCUUACAAGGCUACUGAAGUUACAUGUUUCUGCCUAAUAUAUUUGGUACUGGUGAUGAAGACAGAACAUAUACUUGUGUAGAGACCUAUUUUUGUAUAAUGGUAGAAGUUUUGAAUUUUAUGGGGUAUUUUGUCAAGUACUGAAAUAAAAAUGACUUCACCAUUUUCACAA